GUCUGCCUGUCCGCUAUGGCUCCUACAAUUAUUGAGGACUUUGAGUUGGAGGUGCUUGAGUUGGUGGAAGAACGUAGUAGGAGUAGAAACAUUAGAAAGAGAAGUAUCACCACCACCACCACCUCCACCACCAUCACCACCACCACCAGCAACACCACACACCACCACAACAGCAGUAAUAGCUUCCGCCAUAUUGGGAAUGUGGUUAAACCCGCCUCCACCACCUCCACAUCGCGAUUAAAGGAGAAAGUUGUGGAGGGUUGGGUGGAUACUUUAAAUAGUAAGAGUUUACCCGAAAAUGGAAAGGCUCCACCUACGUUUUCUGUGAAUAGUGCGUCUGUUGCUGCGGGUGUGAAGCCUCAUCGCCCGUUUUCUAUAUACGCAAGGCUCUUUAACUUGUUCAGUGUAUCUACAUCGCCACAAAAACACGAGACGGAGAGACACAUUAUUGCCAACAACCCUGAAUUCAACGCACAGUUCAAUUAUGCCAAAAACUACAUCAAGACUUCUAAAUACACUUUGUUCAAUUUCGUGCCGUACAACCUCUUCGAACAGUUCCAGCGGCUGGCCAACUUCUAUUUUCUAUGUUUGUUGGUGCUACAGCUUAUCCCAGUCAUCUCCUCCCUCUCCCCCAUUACCACAGCUGUGCUCAUCGGAGUACUUACCGUCACUGCUGUUAAAGACGCUUACGACGAUUUUCAACGGCACAGGAGCGACCGCCAGGUGAACACACGCAAAACCUGGGUGUUGAAGAAUGGCCAAUUGGUGCAGGAGCCAUGGAGCAAGGUGUUGGUGGGUGACGUCAUCCGGAUGGAAAAUGAUGAGUUUGUGGCGGCAGACAUCUUGCUCCUGUCCACGUCAGAACCCAAUGGCCUGUGUUAUAUUGAGACUUCAGAGUUGGACGGAGAGACCAACUUGAAGUGUAAACAGUGCCUGACGGAGACAGAGGAGUUGGGGCAAAAUGACAACCUAAUCGGGGCGUUCCAGGGGGAGGUGCGCUGUGAACCUCCUAAUAACCAGCUUAACAAAUUCGAAGGGACGCUCACCUUGGAGGGCAACACCCACUCCCUGGAUAACGACAAGAUCCUGCUACGAGGGUGCAUCCUUCGUAACACGCAGUGGUGCUACGGAAUGGUCAUCUUCGCUGGCAAGGACACAAAAUUGAUGAUGAAUUCAGGAAAGACUAAAUUUAAACGCACAAGUAUUGAUAGGCUUCUAAACUUCAUCAUUCUUGGGAUUGUGUUCUUUCUCCUUUCGAUGUGUUUGUUUUGCACUGUGGCGUGUGGCAUCUGGGAAACACUGAUAGGCCAGUACUUCCGGGACUACCUGCCGUGGGACACCCUGAUCCCCUCGGAGCCGGUGUCAGGGGCUGCAGUAAUUGGUCUACUCAUCUUCUUCUCCUACGCCAUCGUUCUCAACACUGUCGUUCCGAUCUCCCUCUAUGUCAGCGUGGAGGUGAUCAGAUUGUGUCAAAGCUUCCUCAUCAACUGGGACGAAGAGAUGUACUAUAGUCCCAACAAGACCCACGCUAAGGCUCGCACCACCACGUUGAAUGAAGAAUUGGGCCAGAUCGAGUACAUCUUCUCAGACAAAACUGGCACUCUCUCUCAGAACAUCAUGGCGUUUAACAAGUGCUCCAUUGCUGGCCGCUCGUUUGGUGAGGUGAUUGACCCACGCACAGGUGAACCAAUUGAGAUCACUGAGCUCGUGCAGCCAGUAGAUAUGUCAGACAACCCUUUCCACGAGGCAUCAUUUAAAUUCUACGACCAGAGUUUAAUGGAUGCGCUGGAGGUUGGAGACGAAAACUGUGAGGCCUUCUUCAGACUCCUGUCCCUCUGUCACACUGUUAUGCCAGAGGAGAAGAAUGGCCGACUUGAGUACCAGGCACAGUCACCAGACGAGGGUGCUUUGGUAUCUGCGGCAAGAAAUUUUGGGUUCGUCUUCAAGUCUCGGACCCCAAACAGCAUCACCAUCUCUGCUAAGAAGAUCCCAGAGACCUAUGAACUUCUGUGUAUCUUGGACUUCAACAACGUGCGGAAGAGAAUGUCCGUUAUUUUGAAAAAGGAUGGCAGAAUAAGGCUAUAUUGCAAGGGUGCUGACUCCAUUAUUUACGAAAGGCUGAAAAGUGGCCAGGAAAGCUUGAAAAGACACACGCAGGAGCAUCUUGACGCGUUUGCUGGGGAUGGCCUGAGAACUCUUUGUCUGGCUUAUAAGGACCUUGAAGAGGACUACUUUAGGACGUGGAAGAGCAGACACCACGAGGCGGCCGUGUCCCUCGAUAACAGAGAUGCCAAGCUGGACGCCAUAUAUGAGGGAGAUAGAGAAAGAUCUGGUGCUAUUGGGUGAGUAGCCACAGCAAUAGAGGACAAGCUACAAGAUGGGGUGCCACAAACCAUUGCAAAUCUGGCUAUGGCUGGCAUCAAGAUCUGGGUACUGACUGGUGACAAGCAGGAGACAGCGAUCAACAUUGGGUACUCCUGCCAGCUGCUGACGGACGAGAUGGUGGAGGUGUUUGUGAUAGAUGCCCAGAAUGCAUCAGAGGUGGAGGACCAGCUGCAACGGACUAGAGAACAGAUUCGGAACAUGUCUCACAGUGCGCAUAACCAGACCAGCCUCAGUGUGGUCACGUUUAGUGAGGACGCGUUGGGUGCAGACACGCUGAGUGAGGUGGGGGAGGUACGAGCGGACUACGCCCUUGUCAUCAACGGACACUCCCUCGUCUUUGCUCUCAACGCAAAGUACGAGAGGCUCUUCCUGGAGGUGGCCAGCUUCUGCAAGGCGGUGAUAUGCUGUCGGGUCACUCCGCUGCAGAAGGCGAUGGUGGUUGACUUGGUGAAGAGGUACAAGAAGGCUGUCACUCUGGCGGUUGGUGAUGGGGCCAAUGAUGUGUCUAUGAUUAAAACGGCUCACAUUGGCGUGGGCAUCUCUGGACAGGAGGGGCUUCAGGCGGUGCUGGCGUCGGAUUACUCGGUCGCACAGUUCAAGUUCCUGGAGCGCCUGUUGCUGGUCCACGGUCGCUGGUCGUACUACAGAAUGUGCAAAUUUCUCAGAUACUUCUUCUAUAAAAAUUUUGCCUUCACACUUUGUCAUUUUUGGUUCGCGUUCUUCGUCGCGUUCUCCGCCCAGACGGUGUACGAUCCAUUUUUCAUUUCAACAUACAACCUCUUCUAUACAUCCCUACCCGUGCUUUGUAUGGGCAUUAUGGAUCAAGAUGUCAACGAUUACUACAGCCGGUGGUACCCCAAGCUUUACACGCCUGGGCACCACAAUCUUCUCUUCAAUAAGCGUGUGUUUGUCUGGAGUGCCGUACAUGGAGCAUUAACGUCCUUCCUAAUUCUGUUUGUCCCGUACGGGGCUUACUACAACGCCAUGGAUACCGAGGGACGCAGUAUGGCCGACCAGCAGACUUUUGGCAGUGUUGUAGCGACCAUCCUCGUUAUCGUCGUCACUAUGCAGAUCUGCCUGGACACAUCAUAUUGGACUUUGUUUCACCACAUCACAAUCUGGGGCUCCCUCAUCUUCUACCUCCUGCUUCAGUAUGCCUAUAACUACCUCCUGCAGGGGGAAUAUGUGGGUGCCCUGGCUAAGGCAAUGGGUGAACCAAUGUUCUAUUUCACCACGCUCCUCACCAUCGUCAUUCUCAUGCUCCCUGUGAUGGCCUGGCGAUUCUACUGGGUUGACGUACACCCGACCCUCUCCGACAAGGUGCGGUUCAAGCAGAGACAUGAUGCGAAAAUGGCCAGCCAGCGGACAGAACACCGAAUUGCAAGAACGCCAUCUGCCCGCAGAUCACGUCGGUCUAUCCGCUCUGGCUACGCGUUCGCCCACCAGGAAGGAUUCGGCCGCCUCAUCACCAGCGGGAAGAUUAUGCGGCCGAGGAACCCCAGACAAGGCGCGGUGUCCAACGGGCGUACCUCAAACUUCCGAGCCGACCAGAACCGAGUACCCAUCGUGGCCCCUGCGCCCUCCACCAUCGAAGUUUGAGGUGUUUGUGUGCCUGUCCUUUACAGCUAAUAUCGAGGUCUGUUUGAGGUCUAGAAGUCUCUAAAUAUCUUCAUACGGGGGUCUGUUUAAAAGUAACGUUGGGAUGCGCUGGACGGGUGAGGAAUCCAGCAUCUUAAUUUGUAACAGUCGAGUUUUGAAGCCCGAAAUGUUGGUUUUCUAGGUUAUGUGUGUGUGUGAGUGCGUGUAGUGAGGAUAAUUUUUUCCAGUGUGUUUUAAACGUCGAUUUGUGCCUUUCCCCGGGUGCUGAGUGAGUGAGUGGGGCAGUGGUAGCAUUGUAACGAACUGCAAGGUUAUCAAGACUCACGGACCUUAGCCAAACUUAAGCUAAUUUGUGGUGGCUGUGUGUCGCCAAGUUACGCCUUAAAGUUACAAGUGCUUGGAAAAACUUAUUAUUGAUGCCUUAGAGGGAAUGUGGGCAGGACUCUUUAAGAGAUAGACGCCCCAUGCCUUAGUGAAAUGUGGGUAAAUAAAAGGCAACAGAAAAUGGGAAACUAAAGAAAAUGUUAGCGACUGAAACUUUUUUUUUUUUUUAGGCAACACUUAGAAAAACUUGAAAAAAAUAACGUGAAAAAAAAAAACUUAGACGAUUUUUAAAGAACAUAAACUUUAAAUACGAUGUUAAAGUUAUGCCAUAAGUAAAGAAAAUGAAUAGAUCUUUAGAAAACGUAAAUAUUUGAAGUAACUUAAGUGUAAAUAAAUGAAAAGCAAGGAAGAUUUGAAGACCUGUUUUAGUUAUAGAUGAAAGAAAGAUAGAUGGAGGAAAUUGAGUGAAAUGAAGAGAAAAGUGCAAGAAAUGAGAUAAGAAUCGCAAAAUAAAGGAGAAGAAAGGAUAGAUAGAUAAAAAAGAAGAGAAUGAAGACAUAAGGAAGAGAGAAGGAUGGAGAAAAGUGGAGGAAACGAGAGAAGAAAUAGCAAAAUAAGAGAAGAAAGGAUAAAUAGAGAAAAAAAAGAAGAGAAUGAAGAAUGAAGACAAAAGGAAGAGAGAAGAAUGGAGGAAACGAGUGAAAUGAAGAGAAAAAUUAUAGAAAACGAGAGAAAACGACAAAUUGAGUGAACGAAAGGAUAAGAGAGAGAGAGAGAGAGAGAGAGAGAGAGAGAGAGAGAGAGAGAGAGAGAGAGAGAGAGAGAGAGAGAGAGAGAGAA